AAUAAUUGAAGUGAAUGAACAAUCAAAAUUCAAAAUAGCAAAAGACUUCACUUCCCUCCUUUACUUCUUCUUCGUCUUCUUCCCCUAAACUACUAAACUAGGGUUUCAUGAAAUUGUCUGUCUUUCCUCUGAAACUAUGAACCAAACACUCUCAAAACCCUACCAUCACCCAAACCCUAACCCUAACCCACCCGACCCCUAUGUCUCCAUGCUCCAAGACUCCAUACACCGCUUCAUCGCCGAUUACCGCAACUCCGUCACCGACUUCUCCAAUUUCUCCUCCAUUUUCUCCCGACUGCUUCAAACCAUUCCCGACCCUCCCCUCGAAAUCAUCUGGUUCUACUCCGCUGUAACAUUUCGCACCGCCAAAUUCAAUGCUCCGGCUACAGUCGCCGUCGUCAAGGACUUGUUCCAGUUGCUUGUUUCCUGCUCCGCCUCGUGUCGUGGCCCCGAGAGAAUCGCCGUGCUCGCUCCGGUCGCUUAUGAGCUGCGUAAUUUAUCUUUUGGUGUGGAGGAGGAUCACUGUGAGGAAGAAGAGGUUCGGAGCUUGUUGGAAGGGCUUAUUAGCUACAUUAGCAUUUCUUGUAGUAGCGGCAAUGGUUGGGACGGUGAUGGUGAUGGUCUGAGUUCUUGUUUUUUGGACGUGGUUCGCGUUUGGGUUGUGGAUAGAGUUGGGGUUGGUGGUGGUGGAGAUGAAUUGUUGAAAGUGUUCUUCCCGAUUGUUAGUGAUGAGGCUCGAAAUGGGAUGAAGAAGAUGGUGGGAAUGGGAUGUGGGGUUGGCUAUUUAGCUGGGGUUGUCAUGUGUGAAUCUUUCUUGCUAAACCUUUGCUUUAAGUUUGGGCUUCUUCAAACCUCGAGAGCAGAGUUGGAGAAGGAGGUCCGUAGUUGGGUGGCUCAAACACUAACUGGGUUUCGCUGUUUUCCCUUUUAUGAGACUCUCUUCAGGACCUUGCUGGAACCAGUUUUGCCUGUCGCCAACCUGCUGAAUUAUAAAGACCAAUGUCUUUUACAAGAAGUUCUGUAUGACUCUGUGAUAAUGGUGAAUUAUUCUUUUCUCAAACCUCAAAUAGGAAUACAGUUACCAAGUGAACGACUGAAAAGUCUUGCCAUAACAUGGUUACUUGUUGCUGACAACGGCAUAAGGUUUGUUAGGAACAAUGAUGACCAGAGCAAAGUCAUUUCUUAUUUAAAUGCCUUCACUGAAUCUUGCCUUGCCUCUCACUUGAUCACGUGGCUUACAAAUCAGACUGACACAGAGGAAAGAAACUUCAGACCAAACUUUUCAACUCCGGUGGCACUUAUUAAGUGGAUGCUGCUUGUUGAAGAGCGAGGAGUAAGAGUGUUUGAUUGUGAGAUUUCCAAGCUUCAAGCCAAAGGAGUUAUAUGCAAGUCAAGAGUUGAGUAUGUGCUUCCAGAAACUAAACCCGAUGAGAAAACCCUGGCCAGUGGUGAUCUUGUGAUGGUUGAUUCUGUAGACAAUGUAUCAAUGGCUAUUAACGGCAUUAUAAACACAGUAGCAUUCGAUGGGACAAGAAAACGCAAAGGAACAGUGGACGGGACAGGCACAGGAAUACAGGUUAAGUUUGUCAAGUAUCACUUUGACGAGAAUUCUGUGAAGAAAGGGUUUCAUUCUUCGGGUAGUGAUGGUAGUUUGAGCAGUGAGAGUGAGGUAGACAAUCCAGAUUCUGAUAGAGCCAUGGAAGAUAUGGAGCAAUGAGUGAACUUUGACACUGAAUUGGCAAGAGAAUGUUGGUGAUGCAUUCAAGGUAUGUGCUAUUGACUUCUGCUAUCCUUACUGUUAUUGAAACUUCAGGAAUGUAUUUAGGAGUAUAAACAUAUAUCUCCAUCAUGGAUGGAUAUUUCCAUACUAGAUUAGAUUAAUAGAGUAGAUGAAGUAUCAGAAUACGGCUAUUAAUAUAGUUUGUGUGCAUUAGUAGUAGUACAUCUUAAUCUUCCAUUUCCACUAGCUUCAUUGUAUCAAAUAAAUUGACUUUGAUACAAGGGUCAUGGUAGAGAAAGUCCAUUUUGAGUAUCAUGGCUUCUCUCACGGUAUUGUAUAUGUUCUAUAUGCUAUGAGCAAUGUUAAUGAUGAUAUUUUCAGAUUUAAGUUAA